UUUCCCCAAUGCCUCUCUCAAACCUCCGAGUUCCCAACUCACUCAUUACUCACUCGGUCUCCCAUUUCCAUUGACGCCAACAAUUCAAACCCGCCAACUCUCUUCCUUAUUGGGUAUUGGAUUUCGAUUUCUUCCCCUUUCUUUCUCUUUUGAUUUCUUCUUCAUACUGGAAUUUGAUUUACUUGAGACAGCUAGGGAGAGGGGAUUUUUGUUCUAUUUCGGGAGAUGGGGACGGAGAAUCCCAUGAAUUUUACUUACAUGGGGCGAAGCUUUGAUGAUCUAAGCAACGGGGAUAGUUCUGGGGCUUUUAGCGACUGUAACAGUGAUAGAUCCGGGGAGUUUCCGACGGCGUCGUCGCAGAGUCGGCGGCUUUUGAUUGCUUGUGCUUCUGAUAACUCUGACGAACUAAUUCGGCAUCUGGUGUUGGACCUCGAGUCCUGUUCGAUUGAGGAGCAGAAGCAAGCCGCCAUGGAGAUCAGACUUCUCGCCAAGAAUAAACCGGAGAAUCGAUUGAAGAUCGCGAAAGCCGGUGCAGUGAGGCCGUUGAUUUCGUUGAUAUCGUGUACGGAUCCUCAGCUUCAAGAGUACGGCGUGACGGCGAUUUUGAAUCUAUCGCUGUGCGACGAGAAUAAGGAGUUGAUAGCGGCGUCUGGUGCGAUUAAGCCUUUGGUGAGAGCUCUCAUGUCCGGAACUUCUACGGCGAAGGAGAACGCAGCUUGUGCUUUGCUGCGGCUUUCGCAAAUGGAAGAGAACAAGAUAGCAAUCGGACGGUCAGGAGCGAUUCCGCUUCUGGUGAAUCUGUUGGAGAACGGCGGAUUUCGCGGAAAGAAGGACGCGUCGACGGCUCUGUAUUCGUUAUGUUCCGUUAAAGAGAACAAAAUCAGAGCGGUGAAAGCAGGAAUCAUGAGGCCGCUAGUGGAAUUAAUGGCGGAUUUUGGGUCAAACAUGGUGGAUAAGUCGGCGUUCGUGUUAAGUGUGUUGGUAUCGAUGCCGGAAGCCAGGACGGCCUUGGUAGAAGAAGGCGGAAUUCCGGUACUGGUGGAGUUAGUGGAAGACGGAACGCAGCGGCAAAAGGAAAUCGCGGCGGUGAUUUUGCUGCAGAUUUGCGAGGACAGUGUCCUUUACCGUACAAUGGUGGCCCGUGAAGGAGCAAUUCCGCCGUUAGUCGCUUUGUCACAAUCCGGCACCAAUCGCGCCAAACAAAAGGCGGAGAAACUAAUAGAGCUUCUACGGCAACCAAGAUCCGGCAACUACGCUGCCACCACCUCAGAUGUGUCAGUCUAAUUUUUGUUCCGGCCACGUGGACGAUGCAACCCCCCCACACAACAAGACAUCUCAAAAUAUUAUAAAAAAAAAAAACCCAAAAAAAAAAAAAGAAGAGAUAAGUGGGGAGAGGUUUUCUUUGUAAAUAUAUAUUUGUGAACUUUUUCUACCUUUCUUUAAUGUUUGUUGUGAUAAAUUGAUCAGAGUUUUGAGAUUUUAUUUUCUUUUUUGGAAAAUUGAAAGAGACAUAUUUUUAAUAUUGUGUAAAUGAAAAAAAAAAAAAAAAAAAAA